AUGGAAAUCCUCAAAACUGAAUGCACUGGCAGCACGUACAAACAAAACAGCACCUUCUCCACCAACCUCAACUCCCUCUUAUCCGCCCUCAAAGACAACUCCUUAUCCUCCAUGUCCAUCAACCAAACCUCCGGCGAGGCCCCAGCCACAGUCUUCGGCCUAUACUUCUGCACUGGUGACCUUUCACAUGGCGACUGCCAAUUCUGCAUUCAAAGAGCCAUCGAAGACAUCAAUGGUAGUUGCUCAAACUACAAACAAGCCAUCAUAUGGUAUGAAUACUGUCAGCUACGUUACUCUGAUACCAAUUUCUUUGGAGUUCCAGACACUAAUGGCUUCAGCAUGGUCAAUUAUAAAGAGAUCACCACUUCAUCAAAGCCAGUGGAAGUGGUGUCCCAGUUAGUACGGGAGGCUCCACUAGCGCAGCCUCUCAUGUUCAAAUCCCUAGCUCUGGAAAUUGAAAGCUUGUAUGCUCUUGCACAGUGUUCUUCAGAUUUAACCACUAAAGAAUGCAGUAACUGCUUGACUACCAUAUUGGCAAACAUCAAGGCUUGUUGCAGCAGUGCUAAGGGAUGGAGGUUUUUGGCUCCUAGCUGUUGGAUAAGGUAUGAAGCCACACCUUUUCUUCGGAAUCUCAAUGGAACCCGUACAUACAUCACUAAAAGCUAUUGUUCAAGCGAUGACUUCCCAGCUUCUAAUGGCCUGAAUGCCACCGCACAGCUUGAGAGCCUCCUUUCUAGCUUAACCGAACAAGCUCCGUCCUUUAAUGGCUUCUACAAUACAAGUGAAGGAGAGGACAUGAAUAAGAUCUAUGGCUUAGCACUCUGCAGAGGAGAUCUACAAAACAAAACGGAUGAUUGCCAGAGCUGCCUGCAGGAUGCAAGUAAAAGUAUAGUAGAAGACUGUCCAAACAAAACACAAGCCAUUGAAUGGUAUGAGAAGUGCUUUAUUAAGUACUCGAACCAGAACUUCUUUGGGAAGGUGGACACUGAUAGUGUUCAGUGGCUAUGUAGCGUGAACUACCUAUCGGCAGAGGCGAGCAAUGCUACGGUGAAUCUGGCGUUGGGGUUGAUCAAUGACACGGUCAAUAAUCAGAUGUUUGUGGGUGCUGAAGAAGAGGAGAUCAGUAACUCAUUGAAAGCCUAUUUUCUCUUGCAGUGCACUAGAGAUCUUAGUAAGGAUGGAUGCAGGCGAUGCUUGCAGACUGGGAUGAGCCAGGUGUCCAAUGAAUGCAACCAAACCAAUGGGUGGCGCUAUCUCUCAAGUAGUUGUACCUUGAGGUUUGAGGUCGGUCCUUUCUUUGAUACUGCCUUGAUAUCGAAUUUAUCUUCCCCAGUGUCUCCUAAACUAAACAAUGGUGGCGAAGGAAAGAAGAAGUUAAACAGUGUUAGUAUUGCUGUCAUUGCUGCCCCUGUUUUGGGAUUUAUCCUUUUGGGUUCUUGUAUCCUCUAUAUAUGGUGGAGGUUGAGGCAUAGAAAUGGAAGAAGAAGAAAGCAAUUUGAUGAAUACAGGCCACUCACUAGUAAUGAUUUGCCAUUCAUGGAUCUUGCUACAAUACAAGCAGCAACUGGUGGCUUCGCUGUUGAAAAUAAGCUUGGAGAAGGGGGAUUUGGUCCUGUUUAUAAAGGUGUUCUGAAUAAUGGAACAGAGAUUGCAGUUAAGAGGCUUUCACCAAAAUCCAAGCAAGGUGCCAUUGAAUUUGAAAAUGAGGUGAAGUUGAUUGCCAAACUCCAGCAUAGAAAUCUUGUCAGAAUGCUUGGUUGGUGUGCUGAGAGAGAAGAAAAGCUACUUAUCUAUGAAUAUCUGCCAAACAAAGGCCUUGAUGCUCUGCUUUUUGAUUCAGAAAAGCGAGCACAACUAGAUUGGAAUAGACGGCUAAAAAUCAUUGGUGGAAUCGCCAAAGGCCUUCUCUAUCUCCAUGAAGACUCACUGCUCAAAGUCAUUCACAGGGACCUCAAGGCCAGUAAUGUUUUAUUAGACAACAAAAUGACACCCAAGAUAUCAGACUUUGGCAUGGCCAAGAUAUUUGGAGGAGAAGAAAAUGAAGCCAACACAAACAGAGUUGUCGGAACUUAUGGAUACAUGGCCCCAGAGUAUGCAAUGGGGGGUCUAUUUUCUGUGAAGUCUGAUGUUUUUAGCUUUGGAGUUCUCUUAAUAGAAGUACUCACAGGACAAAGAAAUGGAAAAGAACACUUCGGAGAAUAUGGCCAGACUCUUAUCAGAAAUAUGUGGCAUUUGUGGAUUCAAGACAAGGCACUGGAGUUGAUGGAUCCUUUACUUGGACAUUCAUAUCCGGUUAAUGAAGCUAAAAAGUACAUCAAAAUAGGAUUGUUAUGCGUACAGGAAAACACAGAGGAGAGGCCUACAAUGUCUAUUGUUGUUCAUAUGUUUAGGAGUAGUGAUGAAACAGUAUUCCCAGCGCCCAGCCAACCUCCCACUUUCAUGAAGCACAGAGAUGGAUCACCUUUUUUCAACGAUAACAUGGUAGAUGGAUCAUCUUCAAGCAUCAACUCUCAGUCACUUGGUUUGCAUUCUAUCAAUGGUAUUACCAUGUCUGAAAUUGAGGCUAGAUAG